GACAAUUAACUGGAAAAACAAAGUAUUCCAAUUUAUCCACGUGUAAAACCACCUUUAUUAUUUUUAAUUUCUAACCUCCUCUCAGUUCUCAGUUCUCAGUUCUCACGUCUCAGGGAGACGUGGUUCGCUUCCUUCAUCUCCUUUUCCUUAUUUUAUCUCUCUCCUCUCCUCUUUCCCUCUCCGCAGCCGCGUAUAUCCAUCUCAAAGAGAAGAUAUUUCUAUACUCCUCUGCUAAUUUUCUGCCUCAUUUGCUUCCAAAAUCUUCAUUCAAGGUCACCAAUCGUUGAUUCUUCCAUCAAAAAUCUAUUCACCAUCUUCAAUUCAUGGAAGAUUUCACUUGUUUUGAUGUUUGAAUUUGUAUCUUAAUCUAACUUUAAUAUCUAGGGUUUCGUCAUUUUCAAUUGAAUUUUGUCUUCAACGAUGAUUUAGGGGGUAUUUUGAGUUUAGAAUACAUCAAAUUAUGGCUCUAAUUGGUUCCCUGCAACUAUCACCUUCGUUGGGGUUUUGCAGGAGCCAAGAGCGAGGCAAGCAGUUCAAGUAUGUUUCGGGAAGAGGGAUUCAAAAUUUACUCUCUACUACUCUAUCUUCUCGUGCUUCUAGACAAGAUUUAUGGAGUCAUCGAUUAUUAGCUAGUAUAGAUAGACCACUACGUAGCCUGCCAUACAGAUUCAAUGUUCUGAGAUGCGAUUCUUUUCUUUUUUCUGGUCAAGAUGUUGCAAUUCCUAGCAUGAAGACUGCUGUUGCGGCAUUGAAGAGGUCAAGCAAUGCUUUACAAGGCAGUCCUUUUGUAACUAAUUUGAUUCCAGCCGUUGGAAUUAUCAUAUUCACCCUAUGGGGUUUGGGGCCACUCAUGCGGAUGAGCAGAAGUAUUUUUUUACGUAAAUCCGAUAGCAGUUGGAAGAGAAGUACAACAAACUAUGUUAUGACCUCUUAUUUGCGACCUAUAUUGCUGUGGACUGGCGCAAUUCUUAUUUGCAGGGCUGUGGAUCCAGUUGCCAUGCCUACAGAAGCUAGUCAGCUUGUGAAGCAACGACUUCUGAAUUUUGUGAAGUCACUUUCAACUGUGCUGGCAUUUGCCUAUUGUUUGUCAAGUGUGAUUCAACAAGCUCAGAAGUACUUAAUGGAGAAUGAUCCUUCUGAUGCACGAAAUAUGGGUUUUCAAUUUGCUGGAAAAGCUGUAUAUUCUGCAGUUUGGGUUGCAGCUGUUUCAUUGUUCAUGGAGUUGUUGGGUUUCCCUACCCAGAAAUGGCUGACAGCUGGAGGUCUUGGAACAGUGCUUCUGACACUUGCUGGUCGUGAGAUUUUUACAAAUUUCUUGUCAAGCGCAAUGAUCCAUGCUACGCGACCAUUUGUAGUGAACGAGUGGAUUCAAACAAAAAUUGAAGGUUAUGAAGUAUCAGGCACAGUGGAGCAUGUGGGUUGGUGGUCACCAACGGUGAUAAGGGGUGAAGAUCGUGAGGCUGUGCACAUUCCUAACCAUAAGUUCACAGUAAAUGUGGUGAGAAACCUUAGUCAAAAAACUCACUGGCGAAUCAAAACCCAUCUUGCUAUCAGUCACCUUGAUGUUAGUAAGAUUAAUAGCAUUGUUGCUGAUAUGAGAAAGGUCUUGGCCAAGAAUCCUCAAGUUGAACAGCAAAAGCUUCAUAGAAGAGUUUUUUUGGACAACAUUGAUCCUGAAAAUCAAGCUCUUCGGAUAUUAAUUUCUUGUUUUGUGAAAACAUCACGCCAUGAAGAAUAUCUUUGUGUGAAGGAAGCCAUAUUGUUGGAUCUUUUAAGAGUCAUCAGCCAUCACAGAGCCCGUCUUGCAACGCCAAUCCGAACUAUACAAAAGUUCUACAACGAGCCUGACUUUGAUGCCAUGUCAUUUUCAAACUCGUUCUUCACUCGUGGUGGACCUGCUUCCAAACGUCCCAUGCUUCUGCUUGAACCGCCUUACAAGAUAAACGGAGAUGAUAAGCCAAAAUCUCAAGCUAGGGGAGUGCGUUCUAAUGGAGAGCAAGACAGCUGUGCCACAGGACAGCCUACAGUUGAUCAAAAGACAGAUAACAGUAAAAUUAAAGAUACAUCAGCACCUGACUUAAAUGCCAAAGAGACAUUGAAAUCAGGUAUCAAAGUCGAUGGUAAAGCGACAGAAACUUCAGCACCCGACUUAAAUACCAAAGAAAAACCAAAAACAGGCAGAAAAGUUGAUAGUAAAGCAACAGAAACUUCACAAUCUGAACUGAGAGACGAGAUUAAGUCUUCUGCAACUUCAAAGUUGAAUCAGAAGGCUGCUGAUAAGGCUUCUGUUAAUACUGUGUCUAAACCCAAAUCUGAUUUAGAAAUGAACACAGCAGAUGUGACAAACUCAGACGGUUCAAAGAACCUCGAAAGUAUUCAAGAAAACUUGAAUACUGAAAAUGAUGGUAUUAAGGACAAAACUAACGGUUCUGCAAAAGGCUCCGAGUCAAAACAGGGUGAGAAAUCAACAGCAUCUGUACCAUCUAAGUCGACUUCAACUGCAUUGGAAGAGAAUAUAGUUCUCGGAGUUGCAUUGGAGGGGUCUAAAAGAACACUGCCUAUAGAAGAAGAGGUUGAUUCACCUCUGAUUGCUGGAGAGGCAAAGGAAUUAGCAGCACGGAGCAAUGGACAACAUGGGGUUUCCGCUGCCGAAAAGGAUGAAAAAGACGUUUAGGGAGUAGCUCUUUAAAUUUACAUUCAAUUUUAAUCAAUUAUGAGCAUCAUUACUUGUUGUAUAUUGUUAAAGGAAUCAUUGCACCGUUUCUUGGCUAGUUGGUGCGGAAUUAUCCGUCAUCAAUCUGGCAAGUUGUUUGAGAGUCGAUAUACAAUUCUUGGAAUGGAAUUCAGAGUAAGGCUAAAGAGAAUAUUCAAUUUUAAGGUUUUGAGAAGGCUAAAGGGAAUUGCUCGUUUGGAUCAAGUGUCAAGUAAAUACUUCAUGAAGUUGAAUGUAAGAUGUUGUAUUUGGUUGAGCAGCAAAUGGAGUACAAAACUCCAAGUGAGCUUCAAUCUUAGUAUUAUGUAUAUCUACCAUUUUUUUAAGUAGAAAUUCUUCAGAUUUAUAAAUGCUUAAGUUGAACGGUUGGAGUGGUUA